UUCACUUGUAAACUAUUGGCACUUAGCAAUGGCGAACGGAACACAAGACCAAACUGUGGACCAGGCAGAACAGCUUGCACUGUUGUUUCCCAAAGACAGUAUAGAGUACAAACUUCUACUGAGGUACACACAGAAGAAAACUCACAGUCAACCCCCACAGAGCAACGGUGUGGGAGAGACGAAGACUGGUUCCCCUACAAAAUUUAGGGGCCACAAUAAACCAAAUAAAAGUAAGAAGUUUCAUCUUCAGAAGGUCUUCAGCUGCAUUCAACCUGCAAAAAAAAAACCUGUCAGACAGCAGGCAUCUACAUUUCCAGGUCCACACCAGGGAGAAGUAGAACAGAUUGUCAACAGGUUGACUGAGAUCACAGAUCAUGUUCAUUUCAUAACAUCGGAUAUAGAAACCGAUAGUGACGAUGUUGUGGAGAGAUUAGUGGAGCUGAUUAGGGAACAUGGAGAUAAACUUAACGAGAAAAUCGAAAGGGACCACAUGCUUAGGAAAAAUCUGCAGGACUGUUUUUCAUACACCUUCUUCAAGCAGGUGACUCAGAUGUUUAUGAGGAGACUGAGUCCAGAAGAACAUCCUACUACACAGAGCCCUGAGCAGGCUAAAAUCGCACUCACCUGUGAGCUGACCAGCCGCCUAAACACCAUGGACUGCCUUCCCAUGAACCGAGCGCUGGGCUUCGGUGGUAAAUACCUGCAGGACUAUUUUACACCCUGGGUCAUCGAACAAGGCGGCUACGAAAAAGUUUUCUGUACACCCGUUGAUGAGGACGAAGAGGUUCAUUAAGAUUGUUCUUAAAAUUCUGGGCUCAGAGUACUUGAAAGGGAAAUCUUUUUUGUUUACAUAUUUAGUAAAGGAAGCAAAGCUGCUAUAAAAAUAUUUUGGGUUUUUUUGUAGCUGUGUUUUUUGUAUGCUUUUUUGUUAUGUAAAUAUAAAAUAGAAUAUUAUAAAACUUGAACAUAAACAAGCAAUUAUAUGCUAAAAGAUAAAAAAACGAUUUGCCUAUAUAUUGAAUGUUUUAGCAUUAAAUACAGCAUACUGUAUGUUUUUGUAUUGCACCCAGAUAGGCUUCUGUACAUGGCAACUUUCGGGUCCUUUUUUGGAAGAUUUACUGGGUGGAGAAAAGUGUAUAAUAUAAUAGCAUUAAAAAACAAUCUAAACUGUUCUACACAUAAAAGCUUAUUUCCUCAAAUUAUUUAUGUAGUGCUACCAGUUAUAAAGCCAGUAUCUAUUGAAAUCGUUUAUACUUUAGUAAAUAUUCAUAGGAUUUCUUUUAUUUGAAGUAUCAAUGAUCAGGAUCAAUGUAUGUAAUCAAUUUGUGAUACCACUAUGAGCUUGAAUAAAAAAGCAAUUACCUAGGGAAAA